UCUCGCAGCUCCAUGUGUGGUAACAGGCUCCUCCGCUACCACACUAUUUAAACUGAGGAUAUGUAUCAAGAAACAAGGGAGAAUCAAUGAGAUCAAACGGGAGGCAGAUGCUCCGUCAAUUACAAUCACUUGGACAAGUUUAACUUUUUUUUUUGCAAGCAUUCUUUCAAAAUCAACUUCAACAACGUCCAAAAAAAAGAAGUCACCUCUGGGCAAAAUAGUAUAUAGGAGGAAAGAGAAAUAUCUAUAUAAUAUAUUACAGGGUCAUAGAUAUAUUCUUUAAAAAAAAAACUGGUGACAUUUCAGAGAAGGACCCUUUUUUCCGUCACUUGACGGUAGAAGUGGAAUUCUGUUUUCUUAGGGCACCCAAGGGGGCGUAGGGACUAAGGAGGUAGAGGAAAAGAAAGGGGAAAGGGAGAAGGAGGAGGGUGGUGGGAAGAAGAAAAGCGAAGGUGAGUAGAAGAAGUUGCACUUCAGCGCAAUGCCAUCCUUUUUGUUACUCAGUUUCUCUUCUUGCGCUGUGCUCAGUUGGGCGCUUCUGGCAAGCGGCGGCAGCAGCAGCGGGAGCAGCAGCGGAAACCCAGGCGGCGGGCUCCCUUUGGUGGGGGAGACGCAGAAGAUCGAGGUUCUGGUGCUUCUACCCAAGGACAAUGCUUACAUGUUCUCCUUGGACAGGGUCAAGCCGGCCAUCGAGUACGCGCUGCGUAGCGUGGAGGAAAAUGGAACCAAGAGACAGCUGCUUCCACAGGGCUACAGCUUCCAGGUGGACUAUCAGGACUCACAUUGCGGCAAUCAGGCACUCUUCAGUUUAGUUGAUCGAGUGGCAGUGGCCCGGGGGUCUAAACCAGACUUGAUCCUGGGCCCCGUCUGCGAAUAUGCGGCAGCACCUGUGGCCCGGCUGGCGUCGCACUGGGACCUGCCCAUGCUGUCUGCUGGAGCUCUUGCCGCUGGCUUCAAGCACAAGGAGAGCGAAUUCUCGCACCUUACCCGUGUCGCACCCGCCUACGCCAAGAUGGGAGAGAUGAUGCUCGCCUUGUUCCGGCAUCACCAGUGGAGCCGAGCUGCCCUGAUCUACAGCGAUGACAAGCUGGAGCGGAACUGUUACUUCACCCUGGAGGGGGUCCAUGAGGUCUUCCAGGAGGAGGGUUUGCACACAUCCGCCUACAGCUUCGACGAGACCAAAGCCCUAGACGCUGAAGAGAUCGUGCGCUACAUCCAGGCCAGUGAGAGGGUUGUGAUCAUGUGUGCCAACAGCAAUACAGUCCGGAACAUCAUGUUAGCUGCUCACCGGCAAGGAAUGACCAACGGGGCCUAUGCUUUCUUCAAUAUUGAACUCUUCAACAGCUCUUCAUAUGGAGAUGGCUCGUGGAAGCGAGGAGACAAACACGACCUUGAAGCUAAGCAAGCAUACUCAUCUCUCCAAACAGUUACUCUACUGAGGACAGUGAAACCCGAGUUUGAGAAGUUUUCCAUGGAGGUGAAAAGUUCUGUUGAGAAACAAGGACUCAAUGAAGAGGAUUACGUUAACAUGUUUGUGGAAGGAUUCCAUGAUGCCAUUCUUCUUUAUGGUCUGGCUUUACAUGAAGUGCUGAGGGCUGGCUAUAGCAAGAAGGAUGGAGGAAAAAUCAUUCAGCAGACUAGGAACAGAACAUUUGAAGGUAUUGCAGGACAGGUAUCCAUUGAUGCCAAUGGAGACAGAUACGGUGAUUUCUCUGUGAUUGCAAUGACUGAUACAGAAGCAGGUACUCAAGAGGUUAUUGGUGAUUACUUUGGAAAACUGGGUCGUUUUGAAAUGAGACCAAAUGUAAAGUACCCUGGGGGUACUUUAAAACCAAGAAUAGAUGAAACCAGAGUUAUGGAGCAUACAAACUCUUCUCCUUGUAAAUCACCAGGUGGCCUAGAAGAAUCAGCAGUCACAGGAAUUGUUGUGGGGGCCUUACUAGGAGCUGGCUUGUUAAUGGCCUUCUACUUUUUCAGGAAAAAAUACAGAAUAACCAUUGAGAGACGAAACCAGCAGGAAGAAAAUAACAUCGGAAAGCAUCGGGAGUUAAGGGAAGAUUCUAUCAGAUCCCAUUUUUCGGUGGCGUAAGGGAAGCCCUCCCUUUCUUCCUUAAAUGCUUUAAGAAGAUGGACGGAAUGAGAGACACCAGUGUAACAAAAGAGGGGCUCUUGAAGAACUCAUUCUUUUAAAAAGUUAGCUCAUUUUGUUCUUAAAUUUCUUUAGAAGCUCAGGAAUGAUUUACUAAUCACAUUAUGCCACAUGGCCUUUCAUCUCAUGACGAGCAAAUAUAAGGAUAAAGUGUUAUCCUAUAAGAUAUUCUUAAUUGUUUAGAGGGUCUAUGGAUAUGUUUAUGGUUCUUAGGUCUGACGUCUCUAGAAUUUGAUGGCUCUACCAGCCACGUCAAGCAAGGGUAUUAAGCUGUGGUUUCUUGGACUGAAAAGCUGCCUUAUGACCAGUAUAAAAACAUCUUUACUUAUAGAUUAAUCUUGGAAAUGAUUUAACAUUCAGAACUCUCUUAAUGAGAAAUGGAAAGGUUGGAAAAACAGUGUCACUCUCUGGAGCUGCUAGGAAGUUUUAAAGUUCAGGACUGACUUGUCCUUUAGCCAAUAUGUGCUGUCAGAAUCUGACUAUGUGUCUAAAAUGAAGAUCUCCUCCCUGCCCCCAUUCCAGGGGAAAAAAUAAAUUGUAAAUACUAGUGAGAUGUGAGAAGUUUUGUACAGGAAAAACAACUACUAUGAGCCUUUUUUUUUAAUAAGGAGGAGAAAUCUAUUCCACAGUAACAUUUUACUCUUAGGUAUUUUUAUCUUUUUCUUUUGCUAUUAGGAAACAUCUAUUUUUCACACCUGUUUAAAAUUCAAAAAUAAGAGGGGAAUGAAAUAUUUCUAAAACAUGGGAAAGUGCAUCGAACUAUAAUGGUACAAAGCAGUGAGUUUCUUGCUAUACCGAGGCUGAAAGGCAUAUUUCUUCUUCUCCUCCUUUCCCUUGGGCCUUGACUGAAUAUACGUUGAUCCCUUAAUGAUGAAGAGGCAGAAACGGUCACUUUAAACUCCAAACAAUUGGCAUAGCAGUACAUCGGACACUGGAAAGCAGAUUACAUCAGUGACAUAUGCCCUUCCAACCAGUAUCUGGGAAGAAGUGGGGAUGGGUUUAGGAAUCAGUAUCUAUAAGUACAGGAAUAGAAUUAAGUUUUGUAGAUAAAGGGAGGCAACUUUUUUUUCUGGAGGACAACUUAGAACCUAACACCAGAAUACAACUUCUAGAGGACAGCUUAUCACCUAAGGUGUAAACUUACAACUACUUGUCACCUCUAACUUAUAAAUAUAGUGAAAGAUUAUAAUAAGCUAUAUUUAACCAAUGCAAAAAGGUAAUCAUUAAAAAAUUAUUAAAAUUAUUUGGUGAGAGCAAGAAUGUAAUUAUCUCCUAUGAUUCUCCGACUACACCCACAAAUCCUUAGGUUUUUCCAAUAAUUCUUGUUUAGUACCAGAUAUGGUAUUAGGAUUUCAAUUCAAUUGAUCAAUUUUUUCCUGGCCUCUCAGUGUAUAACUAGCAGAAUACAUGUAGAUUGAGGUGUCAAGAUAUCAUUUUACUUUUUAUUUGGGAGAGGUAAAAAUCUCAGAAAGCUGGGAUUGUUUUACAUGUCUACAUCCCCAAAAUUGGUAUUUUUGCAGAGGGUAUUUGACAGAUAUCUUGCUAAUUAUUCUGCCAUCCAUCGAAAGGAGAACAAAUCACUGCUCCUCAUUUUAGGAUGGAGAAGUUUCUCUCUGAAAUAAUAAUGAUUAGGUUUUAGCUCACAGAGUAGAAUGCUGACAGUGUCUUAGCAAAACUCAAAUCCUUUGUAACUCAGUCCAUGUCUCACUUUCCUCAAGGGCUUGUGCCUCUGUUUGAAAACAAAUAAGUUGGUUGUUUUUUGGAGGGAUUUUUUUUCUUCUUUCUUUUUAAAUAAAGUAAAGAUAGCCAGGAGACAUUCUAAUUUCA